AUGUCGAUGUCCGAAGGCUCCUCCUCGAAGGGAGAAGGAGAGUUCUAUUUGAUGAGCUGCAUCAAGGAUGUUCCCACCCUAAGAGGGGAUAACUACACAGAGUGGAGGAAGAAGGUGGAUUUCGGCUUCGUAUGUGCUGAGGUGGACUGGGUGCUUGAAACACCGCAACCCACAAAGCCUGUUGACCCCGUCAGAGAUGACAAGGAUGAUGAUGAGGCAUGGGACAAAAAUAAAAGAGACCAUGCUCCUAUGGAGAUAGCCUACACCUUAAAGAACAAAAAGUGGCAGACUGCCAAUAAAAAGUGCAUGGCAUUUAUAAAGAACACAAUUGAGAACGCCAUCAUGGGCUCAAUUGCAGAGUGUGCUUCCAUUAGGGAGUACUUGGAAACGAUAAAGAGCCAGUUCACUGGUUCUUCAAAGACAUAUGCAACCCAGUUGCUGAAGCAGCUGGUUACAGAAAAGUACACUGGAGGUGGGCAUGGCAUCAGGAAGCACAUCCUCAGGAUGAGCAACCUGGCUGCAAAGCUGAAGCCCAGGGAUGAUGACCUAGAGCUGAAGCCUGCACUUCUGGUUCACUUGGUCAUGGCUUCACUGCCAUCACAGUUUGACAACUUUGUUGUCAAUUACAACAUGAACCCUGAAAAAUGGGACAUUGAAAUGACCAUUGCUAUGUGUGUGCAAGAGGAGGAUAGGCUCAAGGCACAAAAUGGAGGUUCUAUAAAUUAUGUGAAGGACAACAAGAAAAGAACCUUCACACAAAGCAACAAGGGCUCUCCUUCAAAGCCAUAUGCAAAAGGUUCAAUGCCGCAUCAUCAGAAGUUCUAG